AUGAGUAUAUCGGUAAGCGCGUUUGCGCCCCGGGCCGUAUCCAAGUACAGACCCUUGUUACCGUUGCUCAUGGUGUGGGGUCUGUUGUUCUACACUCACAUCUACAGGAUACCGAGGAUGUAUGCGGCAAGUUGUGCUUGGGACAAACAUGACGUGGUUAUUCCGGCAGAUGAGGGGAUAGAGGAGUUUCGCGUGAUGAUAGUGGCUGAUCCACAGUUGAUCGAUAACCAUACGUAUCCUGGGCGCAACGCGGCAGCGAUGGCGUUGUCGCGACACACAGUGGACUCCUACCUGUACCGAAAUUUCAGGUCAUUAUCAGAAGUAUUGAAGCCAGAUUCUGUGAUAUUUUUGGGUGAUUUACUGGACAACGGACGGUCUGCUGGCGACGAGUAUUACACAACCCAGGUCGACCGAUUCUACAAGAUCUUUCAAAAUUACGCACCGGAUCACAUCAAGGAGCUUAUUUUCAGUGUUCCCGGCAAUCACGACAUUGGAUGGGCUGACGGGGUCAACCUAGCGAGCUUGGAACGGUUUCAGGCGAAUUUCGGAGAGACCAACGCGGUGCUGAGUCACAAUGGGCACGAUAUAGUGAUGCUGGAUACGAUAUCCCUAUCGAACAAGAAAGUGCCACAAAUUUACGAUGCACCCCGUCAGUUUCUGGACAAGUUCGCUAAAGUUAAAAAGGAUCGGCCACGUAUAUUACUGACUCACGUGCCACUUUUCAGAGAUCCCAAGGCGCAGUGUGGGCCGAUGCGUGAGUCGGCCUCUUUUCCCAUUGCAAAAGGGUACCAAUACCAGACCGUUCUGGACAAGGACCUCUCUGACGAGAUCCUGGCAAAGGUCAAGCCUGAUUUGAUUUUGAGCGGAGACGAUCACGACUAUUGUGAGUUAUACCACCCUUAUAAAGACCAAGGUGUGAACGCUGCUGCUAAGGAGAUCACCGUGAAAUCGAUCUCCAUGGCAAUGGGAAUCAAUAGACCUGCUGUUGAACUGAUAACAUUGUACAACAAGCCGGUUUUGAAAGAAGAGAGACUAUCGCCGUUGAUGGACGAGGAACAAGGUCCUCGUGAAAGCGAUGAUACUACGCGAAAGGUGAAGGUGUUAUACAACCAGUACGUGUGCUACCUGCCAAUGCCAUACCAUGAGACCAUUUUCUAUGGAAUGUUCGCCGGCUUAAAUGUUUUGGCGCUAUUCUUUUGGUCGCUGUUCAAGCUAAGACGGUCUUUGAAACCGGCAAAGACAGAAGAGGAGAAGGGCAUUCAGCGCAGGACGGUGAUCUCGAAUAAGCUUUCGCACUAUCUUUCUGCGGUCGAAGAAGAAGAAAAGCGCACAAUUGAUGAUUCCGUUCCACCUCCCCCGGUUAGGCAAGCCUCAUGGAUAGCCGACCCGGCCGAGUUUUUUGGCGUGAAAUCGCUGGUGAAUGACACCAGCAGACAUCAGUUGUAUAAGAGGAUGAAUCUGAAGCUUGUCUGUGACCAAUGCUUUGUGCUAGCGGUCGCUGUCUUGGGGAUGUAUGGAGUCGCUGUUUGGUUUUCAUGA